CAAGAUUCCAUAGACUGAAUUAAUAUGUUUCGACCACUUCGGUAACGGUAAACCGCUCCCGCUAUGCAUGAAGAUGUCGUGGUGCUGCGGAGAGGUGUAUACUGCGCACGCCGGGCUGGUCCUCCAACAGUGCCUGUUCGGGGUGUCUAUGGUCUUGUACAAGCUGUUCCUGCCCAAUUUGAACCCACUCACGCUCUGUCUCGCUCGCGAGGCGGGCGCGGCCGUGGUGCUCUGCCUCUACCUGUGGUACCUCUCCUCCCAACCGGGUGGGCUCGCGCGAGGGGGCGGAAGCUACAAGCCCGGUGGAGGCGAGAACAGCAACAGCCGGAAAAACAGCAAAGGCGCAGGAGCGGGGAAUGGUAUGAAGAACGGCACCUCUAGUACAUUUCUGUACUACCCGGAAGAUCAUGAAAAUGAUAAUGGCGGCAAGGGCAACUACGCGGAAGACAGCGCAGAUGACCGCGUUACCGUUGUCAAGCACUCCUCGAAAAACCACCAGCACUGCUUGGACCGGUACGACGGAAGUGAGUCGCCGGCAUCAGGCUCUACAAUGAACAGAGGGGAAAAUUUCCGCGGCUUUGGACGCAGUCAGAAACGAUUCGGCCGAGUUGGCAGUAGUUCGUUUAAAAUGCAGCUGCAAGGGAGCAACGAUGCGCACCGUAAUUUGGCCGCCGGUCGGUGCCGGUCAUCGCACACGCUGGCAUCUUCCCCGCCGACAAGUGCUGCCGGGCAGCAUCGGACGACGCGCAGAGGCAGCCCCGGAUACCACGCCGUUUACAGCUCUACAACUUCUGCGCGAGCGUAUAAUCGGUCGUCGUCCAUUGGAGCAGCGCCGAAGGGACGAACCUCCGGGAAUGAUCGGCGGCGACCGAGCUCGAGGGACGACCGAGUUCUUUUCACAGACGAGCAGGGGCGGGGCCGCCGGCUUCAUGACGACGUGCAGCAGCUGGUGGACGAGGGGGGCCAAAAUCGGGAAGAAGCGCAACCGUUGUACCACGGUCAACAAACAUCAUUUCCACAGGGCGGGCGGUUUUUUGGUACUAGCGGCGCAAGAACUUCCACCUACAACCUCGAGGAAAAGAACGACGACGAAAAAUCUGACGCGCCGGAACGCACCGAAGUUGGCGGGGGCUCUAGUUGUACUUCUUCGCGCUACGGCCACGUUAUCCACGACGAGCAGAAGGAGAACUGCAACUACCGAGGUCGAUCGGCAAGUGCAUCUGCACGGAAUAAGAUUACAACAAACCGCGAGGACAACCGCAGCCGAAGCCGCGGCACCACCAUCCUUGCACCCGCCUACGACGAAGAUCGGAGUUCUUCUCUCCUCCCGCAGGAUGGCGAAGAGAUCCUACUCACCGAGGAGAGCGAUCACAUCGGCAUUGCGCGGUUUGACCCGAAUGCAAUGAACCAGGAUUUUAUCGAGGAUGACGACGACGACGACGAGGAUUUCCUCGCAGAUCCGGAGGCCGCGAAUCAGAUUCAGACGCGGGGAAGGAGUGGUGGCAUCGGCCGCGGGGGCCACCAACUUUUGUCGCGCGUGCGGUGGGACAACUCCGAGACGACGGGCCAACAUAGUGGUAUCAAGAAUCGGCACGACCACGGUGUGGACAGGAUUCAUUGGGACGGACAGGAGAUGUUGAGUGAUGUUGACGAUGAUGAUUUCACUGGCAGUUACGAUCAACACGCGCUAUCGCUGUUCUCACCUGGCGGGCAACAGCAACGUGCGCACGAGCUCAACAUGCAAGAACAUCAAAACGGGGGAGUACUAGUGCAACAUGCCUACAAGAGCUACAGUGGCCGACGAGGAGGAGCUCCUCCAGGGGGCCUCGUCGCUUCCGCAAAUAACUACUCUCCCCGGCCGCACCCGCUGUCGAACUUCGGAAAAAUCAUCCACAUCGCGCCGGUGGCCACCUGUCUCUGGGCUGCGCAGAUGUUUUGCAUUCUGGGCGUGAAGGUGUACGGGCCCGCCGGGGCGGUGAUUGGGACCGCGUUUCAGCCCUGGUGCCCCAUUUGCACCCUGUUUAUCACCAGCUGUAUCGUGCGCACCGAGCGCAUCACCGUCCCGAAGGUGGUGGGGAUCUUGCUGGGCAUCAUCGGCGCGACCUACAUGAUUUUCCGCAGCAGCGACGAGCUGAGCGGUUUUUUUUUCCACCGCCGCCCUGCGAUCUUCGUCACGCCGAAAUCGCAGAAGAGCACGGCCGCUGCUGCAAGUGCCGCGACGGUCGCUUCUGGAACUCCUGCAUUGGACCACUUGGUGGAGCGAGGUGCUGUCCAACUCGCAGCGGGAUUGCAUGAAGGUGGUCCUCACCCGAAAAAUAUUAAAAAGACCACUAGCAUCGCCUUCGCGGUGGCCCCUUCAUCUGUUGCAUCUUCACCACCAGCAGUGACUGCCCACAACGUGGAUGCAAAAAUGCCGGCCCACGACCCGUCUACAACAGCAAAGACCACAGGCUCCGGAGUUGCGGCCGGCGCGGGUGCAGAAAAGGCUGCUCUUGAGACAGUGACAGAACCAGGAGCGCGCAAGACCUCCCGAGCGCCUCCUUCUGCAGGGAUGCCUGAGUUGGUGGAACAAGGUCAGGAACAACCACACAAUCCCGAUCGAAAAGUUGCUGCAGGGGUGGAGCUGCAGAAAAUGCCGGAGCUCGAGAUGAAUUCCCGCCGCCAGGACGUCGAACUACAGGAGCAACAUGUGGAGCAGACGUUGCGGAAAGAAGGUGACCAGCAGAUGGACGAGUUAGAGCGCGAACUGCUGUCUUACAUGGUCGACACGAAGAAGAUGAGUAGUGAACAGCAGCACGACCAGCGCGGGAUGAAGAACAAGAACGCAGCUUCGGUUGGUCAAACAAGUCAGAAAAUGAGUCAAGAUCUUCAGAACGGGCGUCGAGGCAGUGAGUUGGCAUUAGAAGAUGACAACGGCGCCGAACAAGCUGCGCGGCAAGAGGAAGUUGCGGGAGAAAAUGAAGCGGAUGGCUUGUCCCAUCGACGUGAAGGAGCCGCGUGGAGGACGUCGUCCGAGGGGACUGUGCCGAGAGGAGAUGAUGACCCCGGCUACGACACGACUGCUCAUCUCGCAAGUUCUCGUCCCGCAGGUCAGAAAAAUCUCGAAGAUGAACUACUGGCAGAACGCGGGGAAAUUACGGGCUUGCACAAUGACGUAAUGAACGAGCAGCAGGAUUUGCUUUCCCAACAACUGAAGAUGAACACGAACACGAACACGAACAGCAAACCGUAUCAAGCCAUGAAUUCCCUGCUGCAGCGCCGUCCCAUGUUCACGGACAAGCAAAAGCGCAAGCUCGUGCGCGAAUUCCAGAACGUGCUCGACAACGCGAAAUCUUCCUCCUCGCCGGUGACGAAUGGUGGAAGUAGUGGUUCCCCAGACGGCUCGGGCUCUUCCUCUUCCGAGCAAUCGGAAAUGGAAAGCUUUUCGACGUCCUCAUUGCUGGAUAACGAUAAUAGGAAAGCGGCAUCCGCAUCGCGAUCGCUUCCUGAAGGUAGUACCACGACGAGCUUUUUACAAGUCGAGGAAAUUACGAACAGCAACACGUUUAAUAACUUGCGGGAAACCGAAAUUGACCGUGAGGCGCGCGAAAAGCAAAAGGAAAAGUGGCUCUCGUUGCUGCAACAACUUCGCGCAAUGAAAUCGGCCGCCCGGCGACGGGAUGAAAAUAAAGGGUUCGCUGAUAGGAGCUUCGGAGGUGAAGAAGAAGAUGCUUCUUUUGUUCAACGGAACAACCCGGCGGGACCCGACCUUAUCCUCGAUGCGACGCGCAGGGAAAACCCGAACUCGCAGCAGCAGCAGCAGCAGCAGGACGAGCACCAACAAAUAAACGUUGGAACAAAUAAUGAACGAGUUCACUUGCCAGAUGCUUCACCCAACCCCGCUUUGGGUUUUGACGGUGGAAACGGGACGGCGGCGGUGCCGGAUUCCCCUGAUGAAUUGCAAGUCGAAAGGACCAUGGGAUUGGAGGAUAUCAGUGCGAAGAAGCCGCUACAGCGCUUGAACCGGGAGCUCACGUUCACGUUCGAACAGCGUAGUGCGUUGAACAACACAUUCCCGGCGCCUGAGCAGCAGGGCACAGCCCCUGCAGCUGCGGCGACUACAACAGUGAUGAAGCAAGGCCCAGCCGCAACAGGCCGCGUCGCUCGUGCAGGAGGUGAAAUGUUGAAUAUCGGCGGAGUAAAUGAAGAUUCACCCUAUCAGAUGGACGACAAGAACCUGAUUGCGCAAGAGCAGCAGCAGAACCAGAAGCAGGAUCCGCAGCAACAGGUUCUUCCCACGGCGGUCGAGAUCGUACAGUCCAAACUUGCGCAGAAGUCCAGCAAAGCGGCGAAGGCGAAUAAAGACGUCGUUCUGAACAAGGAAAAAGAAGAACAGAAACUGCUCAUUCGCGACAAGUUGAAGGACCAAAGCGACAGCACCGUGCCCACGACCUUUCUGGCACUCCUCGCGUCCUCCCCGCCGUUGGUGGCGUGCGGGCUCUUCCUGCUCAACGACCUUGGCGGCGCGAUGUACAUUGUGGGCAGCAAAAGUUUGCUGAAGCACUUCACGCCUCUAGAAAUCACCGUCUACUCCUACGUGUGUGCGUCUGUGCUGUCGCUGGUAAAAAUUGUUUUUUUUGCCUUUCUUCUUCUCGCUUUUUUAGGAAUUUUUAGGUUUAGAUGCAUAAGGAGCUGUUGCCGAUUAUUUGUUCAUCUUCACGCAUGCGCUCAAGAAUAAAAAUAUGAAUUCCCUUCAGGCUUUCGCGAUUCUCGUAAACGAUGGGCAUGCGCCAACGUUGCUGCACGAGCUGUGCGCCGCCGAGAAGGAGUGCAUGCAGCACCCCUGGCGCCUGCCCAGCCUUUGGUUGGUGCUCUGGCUGGUGUUUGUGCCGGGGAUCACCUGCUACGCGAUUCAAAACUGGGCGGUUGCACGGGUAGCGGCGUCGAAGGUGGCGUUUUAUUCCGUCCUGCAGACUGCAGCCUCCAUGCUUUUCACGGCGGGACUCAUUGAGGCGGGGUAGAUUUUCAUACAACUCGCUCGUUGACGGAUUGCAGGCGUUGCGUUUCGCUUUUCUAAGGGCAUUUAGUCGCAGAAUUUGCUGCAGAAAUGCAAGUAAGAUGAUGUGCUGGCUAUCGCUAUUCCCAAUAAAUAUCAGGUUCAACCCCAAGGACGGCGAGACUGGCAAGCACCUCUUGCAGCUUCCCGGAGAGGCGCUGUACGGUUUGGUGCCCAUUUGCUUCGGCCUCGCACUCAUUAUGGUAUCGGACGAGCCCGACUCGCUGUCGCUGAAACUCAAAGCCAUCAAAAACUAGGCGAUAAAGAUUGUUAUUCGUCACACUCGGUACUGCGUAGUGAAGAAAUUGAAAUAGACGGACUGAAAGUACUUACGUUACACGAUUUUUUUUGUUGAGAAUACAGACAGACAGAUGUAGGUUUUGUUCAUAAGAUGAGGGUGAGGAAGAUGGUGAUGUCAUUGCUGCCAAUGUUUUUACAAUGAUCCGGUAAGUUUGUUAUGUUGAAGAAUUUAUAGAAAUCUCAUCAAUCAGAAUCAGCUCUCCGUAUGUCUUUGAUUUGAAAAGAGCCACUUCUUGGAAGCGGAAUGUUUUCAUCUUCAUCUUGAAUUUUCAAAAAAAAAUAUAGGGUUGCCCUGCAUCUGCGGAGGCAAGAUGCGCUUGGGCCCAGCACUUAAAAUGUAAGAUUAUGAUAGGAUUGUUUCGAAGAAAUUGGAAAAUUUCGAGUAUAAGCCAGAUCAGGUUGUAGUCGUAGGCAAAGUCAGCCAAGAGUCGCGGAAACGCAUGGCUCAAAGACACUCCAACUCUUAAUGUCAAAACGGAAGUAAUGCACGAAAGCAACAUGUGGAUGACGGAUAUGGAAUCAAUAUCAAAUCAAAUCAAAACG